AUGGGCUCGCCCCGGGGGCCACCCCGCCACGGCCACGCACAGACGGACCAGGAGCAGCUGCAGCCCCGCAGGGACAGCCACGGGCCCGGCCACCGGGGCCACGGGACACGGAGCCCCAGCAGCCCCCCCAGGGCCGCCCCCCGGCCCGUCCAUGGCUCCCCCCAGCCGUGGGUCCCUAUGGCGUGUGUCCCUCAGCGGGGACCCCCAAACCCCUCCGGUCCCCUCAAGGCCGCGGGGCCGCCCCCCAAUGUGGGGCCCGAGGGGGACAUCGCCACCGUGGGCUUCGGGAGCGAGCUCCGCACCGCCCCUGCAAAAAGGGAAGCGGCGCCUUUAAGAAAGGACUUCUUUCCGCUUUGGUUUGUUUACAUCUCCCUCCGCCAACUGCAGCACCGCCGCAAGCUGCACAGCGCCGAGAUCCUUCCGCUCGCCUCCUUCCCCCCGGGCCCGCGCACCCCCGGAGCCCCUCCCGACCCUCCCAGAGCCCGGCCCGGCCGGGCCCGGCCCUGUAAAACCGCGCCCGGUCCCGGGGUCCCAGCACCGCCGGCGGCGCCUCCGCCGCUCGGGGACUCUUUUCGGACCGUGCCACAGCUCCGCUGGGGGGGGGGGCGCGCGCGCUGCCCUCGGCGUGGGCCUGAAGGUCGCGGGGCGCGCGCGGCCCCGCUCACGGGGACUCCCCCGCCGCGUGGUACGGCCCGGUCCCGCCCACGCCCCCUCACGAUUGGUGGAGACGCGCACGAAUGA